AAAACAAAGAUGAAAAGUGCAAAACAGAAUGUAGCGAAGAAAAAAAAAACCAAAGAGAUAACGCGCGGGCGCACGAGCAGUGCUUGAAACCAGCCGCCCCACUUCUCCACCCACUGACUGACCCCAAUGGCGACGCCGGUCCCGGCGGAGGCGGACGCGGGGGAGGCGCGGGAGCUCCUCUACGAGGCGUACAACGAGCUGCAGGCGCUGGCGUCCGAGCUGGGCGGUGCGGCGGUGGCGCCGGCGGUCGUGGUCGUCGGCCACCAGACGGACGGCAAGAGCGCGCUGGUCGAGGCCCUCAUGGGUUUCCAGUUCAACCACGUCGGCGGCGGCACCAAGACGCGCCGCCCCGUCGCGCUGCACCUCCGCUUCAACCCGCGCUGCGACGAGCCCCAGUGCCGCCUGCUCUCUGCAACAGGGGACGCCGACGAGCAUGAUGAAGCCGGGGUUGCCGCGCGCCCCAUGCCGCUCGCCGACAUCCAGGCAUAUAUUGAAGCUGAAAACUUGAGGUUGGAGAAUGAUCCAUGCCAAUUUUCAGAGAAGGAAAUCAUAAUUAAGGUAGAAUACAAGCAUUCCCCCAAUCUCACCAUUAUUGACACUCCAGGCCUCAUCCUUCCAGCUCCUGGCCGUAAAAACAGAGUUUUGCAGAGCCAGGCUUCUGCUGUUGAGAGGCUUGUUCGUGCUAAAAUCCAGCAUAAAGAGACCAUCAUACUGUGCCUUGAAGACUGUAGUGAUUGGAGUAAUGCAACUACACGGAGAGUAGUAAUGCAGGUCGACCCUGAUCUCGCCAGGACUGUUCUAGUCUCUACAAAACUGGACACUAAAAUACCACAAUUUGCUCGCCCCUCUGAUGUUGAAGUGUUUCUUCACCCACCAACAUGUGUGCUAGAUGUUUCCUUAUUGGGAGAUUCUCCCUUUUUCACAUCAGUACCCUCUGGUAGAGUUGGUUCUUGCCAUGAAGCUGUGUUCAGAUCAAAUGAAGAGUUUAAGAAGGCCAUCUUAUCAAGAGAGAUGGAAGAUAUUGCAUCUAUUGAAGAUAAGUUAGGAAGGUCACUUACAACCAAGGAGAGAGAUAGAAUUGGAGUGGGUAAUUUAAGAUUAUAUUUGGAAGAGUUGCUGCAGAAGAGGUAUGUUGAGAGUGUUCCAUUAAUCAUUCCACUUCUUGAGAAGCAACAUCGAAAUACAACAAGUAAAUUGCGUGAAGUCAGUCAUGAACUCAGUGAUAUGAACGAAGCCAAACUGAAGGAGAAAGCUCAGCUAUUCCAUGACUCAUUUUUGACCAAGUUAUCUUUGCUAUUGAAAGGCAUGGUGGUGGCACCCCCUGAUAAAUUUGGUGAGUAUUUAAUCUCGUGUGAUUUAUUUUAUGGAGGUCUUGAGGUUCUUGCUACAUUCUGCUUUUUUAUGACUUGUUUAAACUGUUGGACCACAGGAGAAACUUUAGUUAAUGAGAGGAUUAAUGGAGGAACAUUUACAGGAAGUGAGAAUUUCCAGCUCCCGAACAAGAUGAUGCCAAAUGGUGGAAUGCGUCUUUAUGGUGGUGCACAAUACCAUCGGGCAAUGGCUGAAUUUCGUCUGGUAGUUGGUAGUAUCAGGUGCCCUCCAAUAACUAGGGAGGAAAUUGUCAAUGCUUGUGGUGUUGAGGAUAUUCAUGAUGGGACAAACUACUCCAGGACUGCUUGUGUAAUUGCUGUGGCAAAGGCACGUGACACAUUUGAGCCAUUCCUUCAUCAGCUGGGUUUUAGGCUUUUAUACAUACUGAAGAGGCUGAUCCCAAUCUGUGUUUAUCUGCUGGAGAAAGAUGGUGAGGGCUUUAGUAGCCAUGAAGUGCUUGUAAGGCGUGUCCAGGAAGCUUUCAAGAGGUUUGCUGAAUCCACUGAGCAAUCAUGUCGUCAAAGGUGUAUGGAAGAUCUGGAGAGUACCACUCGUUAUGUCACUUGGUCCCUUCACAACAAGAACCGUGCUGGAUUGAGACACUUCCUCGAUUCAUUUGUUGCACCGGAGCAACUAUCAGUGAAUACACUGAACGAGCAGUUUUCUGGCUUGAAUGACAACAAACAGGACAGGGCAAAGGGUGACUCGAAGUCAAACCAUUCAGACACAAAUUCGUCCAGUGCUGUGCCAGAGACAAGACUAGUUGAUCUAUUGGAUAGCACACUCUGGAACAGACGUCUGGUGCCCUCAUCUGAAAGACUUGUUUAUGCGCUGGUUCACCAGAUUUUUCUUGGAAUCAAAGAGCAUUUUCUUGUCACCACUGAACUGAAGUUCAAUUGCUUUCUCCUCAUGCCGAUUGUUGACAAAUUACCAGCACUUCUAAGACAAGACCUUGAAUCAGCUUUUGAAGAGGAACUUGAUAGCAUCUUUGAUGUCACUCAGCUGCGCCAGUCACUUGGGCAGAAGAAGCGAGAGCUGGAGAUCGAACUGAAGCGGAUCAAGCGCUUAAAGGAUAAGUUUGGGGAGAUAAACAAGAAGCUCAAUUCUCUUCAGGUUAGGCAGUAGCCAGUAGGUCAGCCCAAAAUUUAGCAGUAGCUUGGUAGACAGUCUAGGUAGUGUUUCAAUGCUGUAAUAAAAUCAUUGGUCAUCUAGAGUUACUUCUUGUUGUAUCCAUUUAGUUGUAAAUAUGAAGUCUUCCUAUAUAUGUUUUAAUGUAUGUUGUUGCUCAUGGUUUUCGAA